CCACAGUACGCAUGCGCAGUCAGUCAUGCCAGUGGUUUCAGUUCCGAUGACAGAUUUGGUGUCACGCUGGGAGUCCUGUCAAGUUUGAGACUAUGUCUCCCGGCUGGCCUGGGAACGCCUCGAGAUCCCCCGGGAAGAGCUAGACGAAGUGGCUGGGGAGAGGGAAGUCUGGGUUUCCCUGCUUAGGCUGUUGCCCCUGCGACCAGACCUCGGAUAAGCGGAAGAAGAUGGAAGGAUGGAUGGAUGUACAAUAUUGGACACAGUGUGCUGUCAAGCUUAUGAGAUGCGAUGCAAGUUGCAGGAUGGAGCGGGGCAGGCCGCUAGUGGAGGUGGUGCGCCUGGGCCUGCUCUCCUACCAGGAAGCGCUGCAGGUCCAGCAGGUCUACGUCAAGCGCCACCAGGUCGGUCCGGCUCACGCUCUUCUGCUGUGCCAGCACCCGCCCGUCUACACCACGGGCAUCCGCCAGAAAGCCGAGCCGCUUUCCUCGCUGGACCGCCUGCGCCUGCUGGGAGCCCAAGUCCACAACGCCGACCGAGGAGGCCUCAUCACGUUCCACGGUCCGGGACAGCUGGUCUGCUACCCGAUCCUGAACCUGGGCUCCUUCAAGAAGAGUGUCCGCUGGUACGUGUCUCAGCUGGAGGAGACCGUCAUCUCGGCAUGUAGAAGGUUCCACGUGGAGGCUUCCAGGUCUCCUCACACCGGCGUUUGGGUCGGGGACAACAAGAUUUGUGCCAUCGGUAGGACUGCAUGUUGCCAGCCGUGCGACAGCAUCCGCUGCUCGCGCUACGUCACGUCGCACGGCUUGGCCCUCAACUGCAACACGGAGCUGUCGUGGUUCCGCCACAUCGUGCCGUGCGGCCUGCAGGGCAAGGGCGUGACCUCGCUCAGCGCCCAGCUGCACAGAGACGUGGGCGUGGAUGACGCCGUCCCUCACCUGCUGGACGCCUUCGCAGACCACUUCCACUGUGACUUAGUGGAGAAUGAACCAAGACACUGAUGAGUCCAGGAUGAAUGUCACUAUCCACAAUUAUGUGCUCUCUUGAUCAACUGUUAAUUAAUAUUUUACAAAGUAUAAGUCAGAAAACAAUUGUUGGACAACUCUAAAUGUGUACAAUUAUAAUUAAGGGUGCCCCAAUCCGAUAUUGAUAUCCAAUAUUGGUCCGAUAAUAAGAAAAAAAUAAAUAUAUAUGCUUGCUCGCAAAAAGUGUGAGACAAGCGACAAGCA